UCCACUGAGUAGCAAACACGAGGGUGGAUUAAUUGAUUUGAAGAUCAAUAAGAAUGUCCAAAUUUCUUCAACAACAGCUCCCCGCCAUGGCUUCUUCCAGUCAACCCUGUAAAGCCCCCGACAACCCCCAUUUCUUUAAGGUUGUUCUUGCUCAUGCUCUCAAGGAACAAAAGCUUGAAAUUCCGAAGAAGUUUGUGGGAGAAUAUGGUCUGAAAGCCUUCGAAAAUAACCCAACAAGGGUUAAGGUGGCUGAUGGGGAAGAGUGGGAAGUGGGUGUCACAAAGAGUGAUGGAAGAGUGUGGUUUGAUUAUGGGUGGCAGAAGUUUGUGGAGUUUUACAACGUUGGAUUGGAGUACUUUCUUGUGUUCAAAUAUGAACUCCGAUCUUCGUGCUUCCAUGUCGUUAUCUUUGAUCCUACUGCUACGGAAAUCAAGUAUCCACUAAAAAAGAAGCUAAACAUGGGGACAAAUUUUGAUGAUCUUCACCUAAUUUCUCACCCUCACCCUCAAGUUGGGAAAGCUAGCUUUGGCGCCAUGAAACUGAUGAACAACAAGAGAAAGUUGCGGUCGAUGACCAGAACGAGCGAACGAGCGGGGGCGAUGGCCAAAGCUACUACUUUCCAAUCUAUGACUCCCAACCCUUCUUUUAUGUGCAAGAUCUAUCCUUCACACAUUCAGUCAGGAGCGUAUCUUAAUGUGCCAAGAAGAUUUGCGGAGAUGCAUAUAGAAGAGGGUGCAGAGAUGGUUCUUCAGGAUUCAGAUGGAAGAACGUGGGGCGUUACUUACUAUUCUUAUUUGACUCCACAAAUGAAAAGGAGGGUUGAAUUGAGAAGUGGUUGGAGGAAGUUUUUUGUGGACAAUGACUUGAAAGUUGCGGAUUGCUGUGUUUUUGAGAUGAUCAGGAAAAACAGCACAACAAUCGCUUUCAAAGUUGACAUCUUUCGGGCUUCUUGAUUGAUUACAAGGUUGAUUUUUGAGGGUUUUGAGGAAUUGGGGUAUGUUUUAUAUCUUCGUAAUAUGGGGAACUUUGUGGUGUAUGCAUGUUUUUGUCAUGGUUUUGAUAAUUGAAAUGUAUGAUCGUAUGUGUUUGGAAA